GCGAAGUUGUGAAAAUUCUGGGCGAGCAUAGUGAUGAGCCCAAUCCAGCUGCUAUACAGGUAGCCGCAAGGAGACACCAACUGAAACGCCGAGCGAUCGACAGUCAAGAGACGCCGCUCCAGAUGAUCGAAAAAAUAUUCGAAAACAGUUCCCAGGCGACGCAGCUCGUACUUCCGAGCUGCGAGGGAGAUCGAAUGCGAAUACUCUUAUUCGGCAGAGAAUCGAUUGGCGACUGGAUUGGACUUGUGGACAAGAUAUACGUCGAUGGGACGUUCAGCCUAUCACCGGGAUGUUUUUACCGAAUUGUCGUUGUAUUGGCGGAACGGGCGGAUUUCGUUAUCCCCAUUUGCCAUGCAUUGUUACCGAAUAAGACACAAGAUUCGUACGCGCGGAUGAUUGAAUUGAUUAAGUGUGCUUGGCCCGCAUUCAAUCCUGAAGUGGUCUCUAUGGACUAUGACAGAGGGCUGAUGAACGCUUUCCGGACGAAGUUUCCCGCAGCCGAAAUUCAGGGUUGUCUAUUUCGUUUGGUAAAGAAUCUUAAACUCAAACUCGCUGAACUCCACCUGAUGGGAAGAUACCGAAAUUAUGACGCUUUCGGACUCAAUGCACGUAUGAUAGUGGCGUUGGCAUUUGUACCGCCGACGGAACUAGAUAACGCCAUAGCUCAGCUCGCCUCAAUCCUGCCUCCGGAGUUAAUGCCCGUCCUCAAAUACUUUGAAGAUACGUACGUAGGCUCACUUCUCCAUUUGUUGUCGGACGGGAGUGUGAUACGUAAGGAGCCCAUGUUCCCUCUGAGCAUGUGGUCCGUAUACAAUCGAACGAUGAGCGGCGAGGCACGAACGAAUAAUCACGCAGAGGCUGCCCACCGCAGACUUCAGACAGAAUUCGGAGUAGAUCAUCCGAACCUGUGGCGAUUUAUCGACGGCCUAAAGAGGGUGCAGCACCAUAGAGACAUGCUGCUAGCCCGUUGCCUAAGAGGCAGCCCGCCGACCAAGAAGUGUAGAAAAUACGCCGUUGUUGACCGAAAGUUACUCAAGCUCGUCACGGAUUACGGUAACAAUACAGCCGUGGAUUUCUUAAAAGGAAUCGCAGCUAACUUCAGAAUGGAAGCUUGA